GCAAUGGCCCGGGGUGUCGCGCAACAGAUGAUUGCUCGCCUGAGCCCGGAAUCAGUCUGAAGUGUCUCUCGAGAGGUCAGGCUGGGAUAUUCCGGUGCCGCCGCCAGGGAGUCGCGGGGUCCUGCGGGUCGCGUGGGACGGAUAGGAGCUCGGUGUGGACCGGCCCUACGGGCAUGGAUCCCGAGGCCUGUGAGACGUUCCCUUGGCUACGAAGCCCCUACUCUAAACCCCCAUCUUCGAGCCUUGUGAAGAUGCCGGCCUGAGCCUGGAACCCAGGCAUGGAAUUCCUGCCAACCCCCCAGCACCCCUCAGGGCCCCCUGCUAUGGACGUGGAGGAGCCCAAAGAUGCCCUGGCACCCUCUGAGAACUUCCCGCGUCAUGGCCAGUGGGCCUUAAUGCCUGGAGGCCCCGUCGUCCCCAGUGGCAUGGAUCUGGGUGCAUCUGGUGGUAUUGGGGAGCUGGUGCACCGGCUGGAGGCCCUACCUGGAGACCUAGGGGACCCAUCCCCAGAUGGAGCCCCCUGUCCCCUGCACAUCGCCACUGGCCACGGCCUGGCUCCUCAGGAGACCCCAGAUGUUGGUGGUCUCUUGUCGGCUGAGGCAGGCAGUGAUGAUCUCCUAGGACUGCUGCAGUGCCAACCAUCAUCGCCUGCCCAGCCUGGGCCCCCACAACCUCCAGGGACUGCACCCCGCCUGCUGCAGCCCCCUGAGAAUCCAGCUGAGGACCCUGAGUCACCCAGGUGGAUGGAGGGGGCAUUGGAGCCCCCAGACAGCAGGAGCUCCAGCAGUUCCCCUGAGCCCUGGCUGGAGACCUCGCCCCUGAUGACUCACCAAGAGCCACCCGUGGGUGCCCAGAGCCCUGAGAUCCUGGCCUCAUAUCCUGCCAUCCCAGAGGUUCCGGGUCCCUGUGACCAUAGUGACCUCAUAGAUGGUGUCAUCUUUGGGGCCAAAUACCUGGGUUCCACCCAGCUGCUGUCUGAGCGUAGCCCACCAUCCAGCACACGCAUGGCACAGGCCCAGGAGGCCGUGGACCGUGUCAAGGCCCCAGAUGGCGAGACCCAGCCCAUGACCGAGGUGGACCUGUUCGUGUCCACUAAGAGAAUCAAGGUGCUGUCCAUUGACUCCCAGGAUGCCCUAAUGGACCACGCACUGCAGACCAUUUCCUACAUUGCGGACAUUGGGCCCCUUUUGGUUGUGAUGGCUCGGCGACGGCUGGCCCGGAGGACUGCACCCCAGGACCGAGAACGCCGUCUCUACAAGAUGCUGUGCCAUAUUUUCCAUUCGGAGGAUGCCCAGCUCAUUGCACAGGCCAUUGGCCAGGCCUUUGCCGCAGCUUACAGCCAGUUCCUGCAGGAGAGUGGGAUAGACCCCAGCCAAGUAGGCACGCGGCCAAGCCAAGGCACUACCAGCCACCCCCACAACGGAGACCUGGACCAUUUCUCCAACAGCGAGAACAGCAGAGAGGUCUGUAUCCAAAAGCAACGAGGUGAGGGCCUGGGUGUGGCCCUGGUGGAGUCUGGUUGGGGUUCGCUGCUGCCAACAGCUGUCAUUGCCAACCUGCAGCACGGGGGUCCCGCCGAGCGCUCGGGAGCCCUCAGCAUUGGGGACCGGGUCACCGCCAUCAAUGGAGUCAGCCUGGUGGGGCUGCCUCUUGCAGCCUGCCAGGCCGCUGUGCGCGAGGUGAAACAGCACUCAUCGGUGAAAUUGAGCAUUGUCCACUGCCCACCGGUCACCACCGCGGUCAUCCGCCGGUCACACGCCCGCGAGCAGCUGGGUUUCUGCGUAGAAAAUGGCAUUAUCUGCAGCCUGCUACGCGGAGGCAUCGCGGAACGUGGGGGUGUCCGAGUGGGUCACCGCAUCAUCGAGAUCAACGGGCAGAGUGUGGUUGCCAUGUCGCACGUACGCAUUAUUGAACUACUCACUGAGGCCCAUGAGGUUCACAUCAAAACCAUGCCAGCUGCCACCUACCGCCUUCUCACAGGCCAGGAGCAGCCCAUGUACCUGUAACCAGCCAUCCACAUCCCCACCACUGUGCCUUUGUACCUUUGUCCCCACAGCCCACCACCCCUUCUUGGCCAGCUGGGAACCCCAAGAUUUCCAGACUUGUGCUUUUUUUCUAAUGUAAGAAAAAAAUAAAUGUUUAUUCAAUGGACA